CACCUCUUAGCGAACUGAUCUUUCUUAACUAAUUUUGCCGCAUUAAGGUGAAAUUUGAAACAAAAAAACAACCAACUGCAAAGCUUGAAUAGCUUAUCAAUGACGCUUUAAACCAUUUACUUUUUAAAACAUCAAUUUUCACACACAAAAAGAAAUGAAACAACGAUAAAACACAAAACUGACCCGAAAGAAAAUGCUUUGAAGCAAAACGUUUCUAUGUCAAUAAAUAUCACCAACCAACGAAGCCAUACUGUUAACAAAAUAAGUGUUUUUUCAAGUGCCUCAACUUGUGUUGCUUUUCUAGUACAUACUUACCUACUUACUGACAAUUACAUACAAUUCAUGUGGGACUGAGUAGCUUAGCUUCUCGAAGAUGUCGAAUAGCAUAAUCGUCAACACGAAAUAUGGUAAAGUACGGGGUAUAAAAGAAAAAAGCAAAUUCCCAAUGCGGGAAUACUUCUCUUUCUACGGUAUACCUUAUGGACAGCCUCCUGUAGAUGACCUACGUUUCAAGGAUCCAGUGAAAGUAACCCCAUGGAAAUCAGUUCGCGAUUGUACGACAGCGCGAGAAGGUUGCAUUCAGUUUUCGUUGAAAUUUUUAACCCAAAUGGGUUCUGAGGAUUGUUUAUACGUUAAUGUUCAUAUACCAGAGUUACCAGUAAAAGAUGCCGCUUUGAAAGCAGUCGUAGUACAACUCCAUCCAGGAGGGUACCUGUGGAGUUCGCCAGAUCCUCAUCAUCACGGAUCACCAGAAUUUGCAAUGAGUUGCGACGUGAUUAAUGUUAAUAUUGGAUUCAGGUUACACGUAUUAGGGUUUCUCAACCUGGGCAUAAAGGAAUGCUCGGGUAAUCAAGGACUCAAAGAUAUUAUCCUAGCUUUGAAAUGGAUUCAAGAGACUAUAUCCGGGUUUGGAGGCGAUCCGAACAAUAUAACUUUAUUAGGAAGCAGUAGUGGGGCUGCUUUGAUACACUGUCUUCUCUUAUCACCCGCAGCAAAAAAUCUAUUUCACAAGGCUGUCAUCAUGUCUGGAUAUUUAUUCAACACCGUCACCUUGGAACAGGAGACUAAUUUUGAAGAAGCCUUACUUUACUGCCGAAUGCUAGGUUACGAAGAUGAAAAUGAAAGUCCAAGAAGUCUUUUAGCAUUCCUUAAAGAUUUAUCAGUUGAUGAUUUUAUCGGUGAAAAAAAAGAAGUGUAUUGUAGAAUGGGUGAAAAUAAUUACACGAUAGCAUACCCUUGUGGUAAAUUUUCACCAUCUGUAGAUCGUAAAAGUAGAACUCCCGUGUUGCCAAAACAUCCGAGAGAGCUUAUCAAGUCGAUGAACCGAGUGCCAAUCAUGGUUGGAAACUGUCAACGUGAAUCUGUGAUGGGAUUUUGUAAAAAUCGAGCCGAAGUAACUUACAGAACUUAUAAAACGGCGUUCAAGCAAAACUGCUGGAGUUGGUCAAAUGGGCUCACCGAUCAAGAAACUGAUUACGUAAUCAAAGAAAUUGAUUCGUUUUAUCUGAAGGAUGUUCCAAAGGAUAAUGUACCCCUUUCGAUCAAAUGUGACAUUCUCGACGAUGCUGCUUAUUCUGAUCUUUACGAUACGCUGAUCGAUGCAGUAUCAGCUGAUCUUCCCGAUUCUGCAUUCGUUUACAGUUUCGAAUACGUAGGUGAAAUUAACGACAUGAGAGGUAUAUGCUCGUCGUUAAUCGAUGGUCACUUGGAAGGUUCGUUCCAUGCUGACGACUUUGGCUACUGGACCAGAAUGAGAGAUCCAAUUACACCUCAGACUAAAGAAGUCGUAUUAAUGUUCCUCAAACUUGUCAGUUCAUUCGCAAAAACAGGCAAUCCGAAUUACGAAGAUAUGCCCGAACCCUGGAUGUCUUCGACUCCGGAAAACCCUUGUUAUCUUCGUAUCACAGAUACCUUGAAACUAGUUCCAGGAAGACUGAACAACGACAGAGCGUUAUUAUGGAAAAAUAUAAAGAAAACAUUACAUAAAGAUAAAAUAUGAUUAUCUCAUGAAUAAAUCACAUCCCAAUGCACA